AUGGCGACCGAACAAGAACAUGGACAAAGAGAAAUUUGUCCAACUUGCGUCAUACCGCAUCUGACCUCGCCUGACCUCGCCCCGUGCCCGGAGAUACUAAUAACAGAUGCCGCGGAUUCUUGGACAAUAUACUCAGUUAUUAAUGUAAGAAUCGCUGAUUACUUCAGAGGGAGCAAAGGCAAGUUAGUCAAGUCUUUGCACCUCAAGUUUAUCUGUUUGAAUCAAGUUUUCUCGGCUGGCUUUGCACAAAUCAUUUGCUUCUCAGAGAUAGAAGAGGGUUCGGCUCUUCGCUGGGUCCGGUUCCACGUACCCACCAUGGUCGAGCGCGGGGAAGACGUGACCUUGACCUGUGAAUUUGACCUCGCCGGAGAGAAGUUGUACUCGGUCAAGUGGUACAAAGCAGGGAGGGAGUUCUACCGUUUCGUUCCCGCUGACUGGCCCUCCAAGCAGGACUUCGAGCAGAAAGGGGUUAUCGUUGAUACCGACAGGAGCGACUCGCAGAAGGUGGCUCUGAAGGGCAUCACCGUGGACAGCUCCGGGAGGUACAAGUGCGAGGUUCUGACGGAGGCGCCGCAGUUCAAGACGCUCGUCAGGUCCGGCUUCCUCACCGUCUUCGAGCUUCCCGAGGGCCGGCCGGAGGUGAUGGGCGGGCAGCCUCAGUACCGCCCUGGAGACACCGUCAACCUCACCUGCCGCGCGCCCACAUCGAUCCCGCCCGCGAACCUCACUUGGUAUAUCAACGAGAAGGAGAGAAGCAUUUGUUUAUGGAUUCAGGUGUUCUUGAUAGCCUUUUUCCUAUAUCUCUUCUGUGGUUUUGAUGGUAUUCAUACUGCGCCGCCCAACCUCCUCGUGCCGUACCGGACGCCCGUGGACGUGGACGGACGCGCCUCCUCCCGCCUCGGCCUCCGCUUCAAGGCGCAGCAGCUGUACUUCCCCGACGGGCGUGUGCGGCUCCGAUGUGUGGCGUCCAUCCCGCGGGGCGAGCGAGGGGACGAGAAGCCGCUCUACGCCCAGGACGCCCACCACGAGGGCGUGGUCGUGCCGCCAGACCCCCUCAGCCUCGGCCACGACGCCGGCGGUGCCCUUGGUCUUCACUGGAGCGGCGGCGGACAGAUGCGCGUCCUACUGAGUACUCUGGUGUCCUGUGUGAUGACUCGUGUCCUUGGUCUCCCCAACUCUUCCCUUAGUUAAUCUCUCAGGUGUCUGACGAAGGCGGAACAGGUAAUCUACUGGCCGGGGGAUUACGAAUAGAGUGAUGUAUUGGCUCCGUAUUGGACAGAGGGAAGGGGAAGGGGGGUGAGAGGAGGAAGAGGAGGAGA